GACACACUUUGUAUAGAUCAGCCGAACGUCUUGGAGCGCAAUCAACAAGUUGCCCUGAUGGGUCGGGUAUAUCCAAGAGCUUCGGAGGUGCUGAUAUGGCUUGGACCGGCAUCUCGGAACCUUACUCGCGCGAUGACCUUUCUGAAAGAUACUGAUUUCGUUCCAUACCGUUGGCCAGAGAACUGUCCAUCGACCAUCCUCAAAGACAUUCCUUUUGAAGGCAUGAAGGAGCUUACCAAACAUCCUUACUGGACACGAGCAGUCACAUUUUAUGAUAUAUCGGUGCUUUGCAAAAUGUACGAAGCCCCUUGGCUUUUAGCUCAAUAUCAUCAAACACACGUCAUAGGUGAGCAAGAGCUUCCGAGUGGCUAG